GUAUCAUCCAGUAUGGCUUCCGUUCGGUCCAUCUCCCUCCUCCUCCUCCUUCCCCUCACCAUCCUCCUCCUCCUGGCACAUACUGCCGUCUGUAAGGAGUAUUUCUUCAAGAAGGACCGGCAGUGUAACGUGAAGGUGGAGCGGCUGCAGCCGAAGGUACAGAACCCUGGCGGGCCGUGCAGUACAGUGCACACCGUACGGUGCGGGCAGCAGAUCAGCCUGGAUAGCAUCCGGGUUGUGGCGUCCGAGAAGCUUGGUUUUGAGGUGGUUGACGUUCUAGACUGGGAAUCCAGGGGGCCGCUGGAUGAAACCAUUACCAUCAUGGAGGACACUAAAAUGUGGGUGACGGACGCUCCAGUCAAGAGGGCCCAGUUCAGCGACAUGCAUGAUGAUCUAUGAAUGUGCCAAAGGACUGAUCAUCUUCUAUUAUCCUAUAAUUUUCUCAAUGGAAAAAGGGCUUAAAGAGUAAAGACUUCCAUCAUUGUUAGGGAUUUACUAUUCAAUUGUUUAAUAUUUCUGAAAUGAAAAAAAUAGCACAAAUAAUCAUA